CCCAAAUUGAAUAGGCAUCGCAACUGAAUGCACGUAUCCCCAGAUCACCACAUCGCCGAACACACACGCACUACAAACCACAUGGGCUAGGAGUACACAAGUCUCGUCCCACUCCAAAGCCGGCACGACAUGCCAUCAGUGUCAUCUCCAAUCGCCUUCCCCCCGAGCUCCUCGCCCGUCGGUGGGAAACGGCCGAAUCCGCACCAUGCCGUCGACCGGCCGAAACCCCUCGUUGCCGGGGGCUUCCUGGUAGAGGACGAGUCCGACGAUGACGAACCGACCGAGGAACCCCUACCCAAGAGGAGGAUGCUCGAUAACCUCGUGCAAGACAAAGAGAAUGGCCUACUUGACCCUGUUGAGCCCCAGCGGAUCCGGAAGCUGGACCUCGCUACAGCUGGCCCAGAUGGCAUUACAACCCCUCCCGAUAGCCAGCCGAAUGAGGAAUCGCAGCGGGAAGAACACGACCGUUACGGUCGGCUGUUCGGGAUCUCCCAGACGAGUCUGUUCACGAACCUGGGCCCCCAAACCAGACCGUCCUCUGAGAUGUUGACGUGCUCGGGCAAAUCGAUCCCAUUGCGCCAGAGGAAGGAAGCAACAAUCUCGUCUUACGAGAGUAUGGUUGCAGCAAGGUCCAGGACGAAAGAGGGGCGCGCGAAGCGAAGCUACUACGGUAUUGACAUCCACGAACUUGUCAGUGCCGCGUCGAAAGAGCUGUCGGAGAAGAAGCAAUCCGCACCCACGACUCCAGCGACACCCCCGGCGAAUGCCGAACAGCCUGUCCACUCGGUCGAGGACAACCAUACCAAUCUCAAGAAGCCGAAAUGUUCCAUGCUCUGGACUGAAAAGUACCGCGCGAGAACAUUCAUUGACCUUGUAGGGGAUGACCUCACAAAUCGCCAGGUCCUGCGGUGGCUGAAGCGAUGGGAUUCCAUCGUCUUCCCUCACGCAGCCAAGUCGAGGCCCGUUGUCGCCAGGCGGCCCGGGAGGCAGAUCCAGCCGGAGGAGGAGAAGCCACACCGCAAGAUCCUGAUGCUGACUGGCCCGCCAGGCCUGGGCAAGACCACCCUCGCCCAUGUCUGCGCUCGGCAGGCAGGCUAUGAGGUCAUGGAGAUCAACGCAAGUGAUGAGCGAAGCCGAGACGUUGUCAAGGGCCGCAUCAGGACGAGCUUGGGGACUGAGAGCGUCAAGACGGUCGAGUACAAGAAGCCGGGCCCGGGCAAGCAGGCCAAGAUUGCCCGCCCUGUCUGCGUUGUCGUCGACGAAGUCGACGGCGUCGUUGGUGGCUCUGGCGGUUCUGGAGAAGGUGGCUUUGUCAAGGCCCUGAUUGACCUGAUCCUGACGGACCAAAGGAACAGUUCUGUCGCCGCCAGUUCCUCAAACGUUGGACGAAGAAAGAAGCGUGGGGACGAUUUCCGGCAAAUGAGACCCCUGAUUCUAAUUUGCAACGAUGUGUACCAUCCAGCCCUGCGUCCUCUCCGACACUCCGGCUUGGCGGAGAUUGUUCAUGUUGGGAAGCCUUCCAUCGAAGCCGUUGUCACUCGGCUCAAGAGCGUCUUCGAGAAGGAGGGCAUCCCCUGUGAAAAAGAUGCCGCACGGAAGCUCUGCGAGGCUGCCUGGGGCAUGACGAGCGGUAUCGACGCCAAGAGAGGGGCUCAAAGCAAUGCCGAGGGAGACUUGCGAGGAGUCAUGGUUGUUGGCGAGUGGGUAGCUGGGCGACUGAAGGCUGCAUCGACGACGUCGCCGCCGCAGCUCACCCGCCACUGGAUCGAGCAGCAUGUCGCCCAUGAUCUGGCACAUGCUGGCGGCGGGGCAAGAGGAUUGGGACGAGGGAGUACAAAGGAGAUCGUCAAUCGCGUUUUUCAAGAAGGAGCCGGGUUUCCCAAGCCAGCUGUCGCGACCACUAAGCCCAAGAACACCCUCCACGAGCAGCCCCAAGCUCAGCUCGGCUUCUCGGAACAUCUGAAGAAGCAUGCCACAUCCCGGCUACGCGAGAUGGUCGACACCAGCGGCGAGGUAGACCGGAUUAUGACCGAGAUCUUUGCCGAAUACCCAAACCACGAAUUCAACGACGACUCCUACCUCACCAAACCCGACGCCGCGUACGAAUGGAUGUACUUCCACGACGCAUGCUCCUCCCGGCUAUUCUCCAGCCAGGAUUGGGAGCUCGCCCCUUACCUCAGCCAGCCCGUCCUUGCCUGCCAUCACCUAUUCGCCUCUCCCGCCCGCCGAUACAUCCCCACGGGCUACGACAGGAAGUGGGGCGAUGCCGCCGAGGAGGCCGCCGAGCAACCCCUGCCCUUCUCCGGGCCCCGCGCCGACUACGCGGCGUACGAGGCCCAGAAGGCCAACCGCGCCAUCCUGCAGAGCAUCCAGGGUGGGCUGCCGCCGUCCCUGACGCGCGCCUUCCGCAGCCCCGAACACGUCGCCACGGAUUUCCUGCCGUACCUGGUCCGGCUGGUCUCGCCCGACGUCAAGCCGGUCGUGAUCGGCGGCAGCGACAGGUUUGCCUCGGUGGCAAGCGUCCGGAGAGAGGGUGAGAAGGCCAUGGUGAGGCGCGCGGCGCAGACCCUGGAUGAGGUGGGCAUCGCGCUCCACAAGGGGAAGAUCGAGCCGGAUGGCGAUACGGGACCGGUGGCCAUGGCCCAGUGGGUGUACCGGAUGGAGCCCGACAUCGAUGCACUCGCAACGUUCGAAACAGCGGGGGCGCACGUCCUAUCAGUACAAGCCCCGACACGGUACGCCGUCCGCCAGGUCCUGGACCAGGAGCUGCAAAGGGCGGUCGCGUCACGCGAGAACGCCGCGCGGCAGGCUCGCUUCAUGGGCGGCUCCGGCGCGGAGGGCCACGCGUUCGUCGACGGGCAGAACGGGGCCGGCUGGAACGCCGCGCGGGGACGGCAGGACAAGGCCGCCGGGGCCCCCGCCCUUCCCGUCCUCGGCGCGAAGAGGGACUUCUUCGGUCGGGUCAUCGCUGAUGCGCCGCGCCCGCUGGGGGAGGGGGCGCAGGAGGAUGCAGGGGAUAAGGGGCGCAAGGUGGAUGAGGCGGAGGGGAGGAAGAAGGUCUGGGUUACCUUCCACGAAGGGUUGAAUAACGCGGUCAGGAAACCGAUAUCCUUGGAGGAGUUCUUGACGGGGUUGUAGGUCUGUGGAUUGGGGUCAUGCUUGAUCAGGUUAUGCGGCUCUGGCGGCAUUAUUAUUGAUUUUGUGCAUAUGGCUUCCCUUGGCGUGCUCGCCUUGACGAGCUGGAAGUUCACGUGAUAUCCAACUAUUCGAUCCUUCCUUUUUGGGAUGGCUGGGCUGCUAAACCCAUGUUCUGAUUGGCUGUACCUUUUU